AGAAAAGCUGAAGGAUUUGGGUCUGUUGCAGCCUGGAGAAGCUCGAGCUGCUGGGGAUCUAAUCGCAGUGUGCCGGUUCCUACGUGGGAGUUACAGAGGAGCGGAGAGCCCUGUCUUCAUAAGGAUGGAUGGUGACAGGAGAAGCAGCAGCAGGCACAGGCUUUUUGGGGGGGAAAAUGCUGCUGGAUAUGAGGAAAAAAAUCCCUCACCGUAAGAACAAUGGACCAGUGGAAAAGAAAGGCCAGAGAAGUGGUGGACUCCCGGUCCCUGGCAAUAUUCAAGGCUCGCCUUGACAGGGCUCUGGAAAACCUAAUCGAAGGCCCUGCUUCCCAAGAGAAAGUCAGACCAGAUGAUCUCCAGAGGACCCUUCCAACCUGGACUUCUCUGGGAUCCAAUGUCCCAGAGCAGGGGCCAACACAGGCCAAGCAAGACAGGCCUGUGGGUCAGGCUCUUGGAGGGUGACCGCAGGAGAGGCCGUCUGGGGCUGUGCUGCCCCUGAGGGCUAGGGGCCCUCUGCAAGAGCCCAGACGAUACCCACUGCUGGCAGGACUGCCGUGGGGCGUCAGCGUGGCAGGAGCAGCGGGGGGAGCUGGCUGUGCACGUGGGCUCCCUCCUGCCCUUCCUGCCUGCUGCAGGAACCUGCCCUUAGUGAGCAGGGAGACUUUUCCCCGCCAGCGGAGCUGCCUUCCCUGGCUUUGUGGAGGAAACUCCCGCGGGUGGUUUGUCAGGAGCCUCCUUAAAGGCAAACCCAGCCCUCUUGGCUGCAUGUCACACCUGGGCUGAACAUGCAAACUCAGAGAGAGCAGGAGAGUGCAGGGAGGGAAGGAGAGCGGGAGCACAAGGCUUGUGUGGGCCAGCCAGGAGCCUUUUGUUCGUCCUCAGCUGCCGCCCGGAGGUGUGAGAGCUCCCUUGGGCAGCCCAGCCCAGGCGCCAGGCUGACCGGACACCCACUCACUGCAGCCGCCAUGGCCAGCGCUGACGCAGACUUGGAGGCGGAGGCACUUCCCCAUAUUUCUGAAGGAGACGUGAAUGAGAUAAGGGCUGCAGUAGAGAAAGGAGACCUCACAGCAGCAGCUACAAAAGCCCAGGAGAUCCUGGCUAAUGAAGAAAAGAUCCAGCUCCACAUUGCUGUAACAGGAGAGUCAGGCUCCGGGAAAUCGUCUUUCAUCAAUGCCGUGCGUGGCCUGCAGGACCAUGAGCAGGGUGCAGCUGAGGUUGGAGUGACAGAGACAACGGUGCAGUGCAGCCCUUAUCCUUGCCCCCAGGACUCCCACGUGACUUUCUGGGACCUGCCUGGCAUUGGGACACCCAAUUUCAGACCAGACACCUACCUGCAGCAGGUGCAGUUCGACCGCUAUGACUUCUUCAUCAUCAUCUCCUCCAGCCGCUUCACAUGCAAUGCUGCGAUUCUGGCAGAGGCAAUUCAGGCUCGGGGGAAGCAUUUCUACUUUGUGCGCUCCAAGGUGGAUCAGGACGUGAGCAAUGAGCAAAGACUCUACGAUGAGGAGGGAGUCCUGAAGGCCAAAGGGAAGGAAGCUCCUGCGACCCGGUCACAGCGCUAUGAUGAGAGGACAGUCCUGGAUAGGAUCCGUCAGGACUGUGAAAGUAACUUGACAGAGCUGGGCAUAAGCUCCCCUCAAGUCUUUCUUGUCUGCAGGGAUGGUUUUGGCAGGAAGUACGAUGGUCCCAGACUGUUGCGGACCUUCCUGGAUGAUCUGCCAAGCCAGAAGAAACUCAGCUUCCUACGGUCCCUGGCCGUCACUUCAAAGGAGGUGCUGAGAAAGAAGAAGAAGGAGCUGAUGAAGUAUGUCUGGCUGAAAAGCCUUGCGUCAUGUGGAGCAUCUGCUGUUCCCAUCCCUGGUCUCUCUACCGCUGUUGAUAUUGCAAUCCUGGUGACAUCCCUGCAAGAGUACUGCCGGACCUUUGGCCUGGCUGAAGACUCCCUCCAGAAACUUGCAGAGCAGGUGGACAAGCCUGUUGAGGAGCUGAAGGCUGUCAUGAGGUCCCCCCUGCACCACGAAAUAUCCAAGGAUCUUGUAAUGAAGCUGUUGACCAAAAGCUUUGGGGGUGCUGUGCAAUAUCCACUGCUUGUGUUAAAAUCCAUCCCCAUAGUGGGGGCUGUGAUAGGCUGUCUGUUGUCGGCAGCAAUUGCUUUCCCUAGCACGUUCUUUCUGUUGAGGAAUUUCCUGUCUGAUGCUGCUGCUGAUGCCGAACGUAUUCUGCAGCGGGCUUUAGAGGGGACGAGUCAGAAUAGCCCAAAGGGGAGCUGAGCACAAAGUGUGUGAAAGGAAUGUGGGGAGCUCCCAAGAGCAGAGGGGAGAGGGGCUGAGUCCGGCCAUCUGCAUUCUGCACGGGUGGCCAAUGCCUUGCUGUCUGGAAGUGCUGCGGGGUGCUCUGGUGGUGCCGGGGAGUGGGGUGAACUGCUGAAGCUCUGUGUGUCUUGGCACCAGGACAGCUCAGGAGCAGUGUGACCAAGGGGACGCUGAGGUGGGCAUAGCAGGAGACGUUCUCCCCUGGAAGCUCUGUGGUUCAGGAGGAGCCGCUCGGGAGGAGCGUCUGGGCAGAGAGGCAUCUCCUUUGGGAGCCACUUGAGGGCUGGGGCUCUCCAGCAUAGAUGCCAAGGGAGGCUGGGGACAGGCCUGUGUGUUGGGUGAAGUCCCCAGCCACGUGUCCCUGGUGCUAGCGCUGGGGUGCAGGCUCAGAUUACAAUCUCUGCCUCGAGGAGGCCACCAGUGAUUAUUCCCUGAGGCUCUGCUUCUGAAGAGCUGACGGACAGUCCGGUUAAGGAGAAGUCUUGCAGCCCGGAGAACAAAGAUCCUGCACCAUGUGGCAGGGAUGCCUCUCUCCAGCGUGGCUGCCUGCAGGGCAGAUGUCUCCACUGGGGCUGGUGUGCUGCCUUCCGCGUCACUGAGGAGAAACCAGCUGCUCUGGGAGUCUGCGAGUCCCAGACCCAAGUCCACGUCUGCCCUUGGCCACAUGCAUCCUCAGUGCCCACUUUGGCCUUCUGCCUGGCUGCCCCAGCAGCUGCCAUCUGCUUUCCCCAAAGGUGACACACCCAAACCCACAAAACACCCCCCUGCCCCAGCUUGGCCAUGAGGUGCCAGCCCCAUGGUGCCCUCAGGGGCUGCAUGCUACCCUUGCCAUGCACACCUCGCCCUUCUUGGCGCUGCCCCUCUCCCUUGGACGCCCCUGCCAUCUCCCCCUGGGAUGGUCAGUGCUCCAGGCUAGGGAGGACUCUCUCUGCUCUUCAUUUGCACCACGUGUGUCGUGGGGACAACCCAGGACACAGCCUCUCCUGCCUGCUCCGGGGUGCUGCUGCGCGGCCGUCACAGCAGUAAAAUAAAGUACACUUAGAACAGCCACUGUGGAAGUCUCUUGCCCUAGAUCUGACCCAGCUUGCUGAGAAGCAAGUGCUGCUUUAGUUUGCAGAAGGGGGAGAAAGGCAAUUCUGACCAGAGGAGCGGCUCGGAUCUUUGCCUCAUCCAGGCACCUGUGCUCCGGCUGUGCAAGCGUGCCCAGAGCAAUGCUGCCUGUAGGUGAGAUGGCUGUGCCAGAAAAUCCCCCCUUCCAUGUCGGCUGCUCCUGCCGCAGCAAACACACAAGCAGCUGGACCGGGGGAGAGUCUCGCUGUAGCAGGUAGGAAAACGUAGCAAGUGCUGAUGUUGCCGGGACAUUAUCCGGCAGUUGUUUAGAGUGAGGGGCAGGAAGACAAGAGUGCUAAGGCCUCGCUCAGGACGUUCUUGGUAAAGAUUGCAUGGAUUUGGAUUUGGUCUGGUAUGGGACUACCUGGAGAAAGCACUCCAAAGAGCCAGUCCCUCCCCAGAGCACCACCAGCAUGACACCUUCUUUAGCCAAAUUCGUACCAAAUUCUGUGGCUACGUGAGCACGGGCACAGACCUCAAGGCAGCCGGCCGGGGCACUGUGUAAUGCCCUGCUAGCGGUUGCUUAGAUGCAUCAUGAUGAAGGACCGCAAGGUUGUGCCUUUGGGUGUUGGGGACCAAGACAGAAUGAUGCUGUGUAAGACAGCAGAGAAUCUCUAUGGCAGAAAGUAAUGAUGUGGUAACUAUGAUUUGUGGCCAGAAUGUGUGCACGUGAGUUGCCAGUGAUCAUGUGCCUUCUUGCCUACGUGCCAGCAGUCACGGUGUGCCUUCCUGCUUAUGUGCCAGCAGCUGCGGUGGGCCUGUCCUGCUGGACUGUCCUGCCCGCCUGCCAGGCAUCAGAGGACGUCUUCCUACCUAUCACAAGAUGCCACAAUGCCAAGGAGAUACUUGGAGGAGUGGCUGAGCUUGAUUGCUAUAUAACCAGCCAUUGUGUUUUCAAUAAAGGAGCUUUUGCACUCCCC